UUCUUAUUUCCCAAUUCUUUAAUUUUUGAUGUCUCUCUCAACUCAAGACCCCAUCUCUUCUAAUUAUCAAUCUACAAAAUUUCAUUUCUUUAUCUCUUCUUCAAUGACCCAUCCAUAUGUGCUUUUUAAAAUUCAAAUCUCCACCAAUCAUCAAACCCACCACACACAAAGACAUAAACCUAUAAUUAUCAUAAAAUAUAAACACAAUAAAGAAAGAACCUUUUUCCUGUUAAUUAGUCAGCAAUUCAAUGCCCCCUUCUGCAACUUUCCAAAAAGACAUAACAUAAAAGAAAAUAUUUUUUUUUCCUUCCUCUUCCUUUACCCAUCUUCAUGACUACGCCUAGUUUUCUGUUUGCUUGUCUGGUCUGUCUCAUAGACUCAUCUCAACCAAAAAAGAAAAAAAAAAGGAAAAUUCAAAAAAUUUAAUUUACAAAUUUCAAUCUAAGAAAUUGUAAUGAUGUGGUGGCUUCUGCUUUGUGGGUUCAUAAGUCAUUGGUCAAGAAGAGAGUUUCAUACAAGGAAUAAGACUCUUCCUCCUACAUUUAAACCUAAUCCCCUUUUCCCCUUCUCUCUCUACCUUUUUCUUCUUCUUCUUCUUCUUCUUCUUCCGUAUCUGCGAUUCUCUGAUCGGAUCCGAUGAAGGAGAUCACUGAUUCCGUCGAUCCCAGGAUCAUGUUCAAGCAUCAAUCCCUUAUGCAGGAUUAUCACGACUUGCAAAAGGAAACAGAGUUUAAGAUGAGGAAGUUGGAGAUGAUGAAACAGAGACGAUCAAACCUUGACGCAGAAGUUAGGUUCUUGAGACGUAGAUACAAACACUUGAAGCAAGACCAAACUCUUGAAACAUCUCCCGACAUGUUGAAGGUGCCUAGUAAACAGAGUGGCAAAAGAAAGAAGUACUCUGCUCCUAGACACAAGGAUACAAUUUGCAAUGAGAAGAAGGAAGCAUUGGCGGCGUUAUUAGAUAAUGCAAAUUGUGAAUUGGACAAUAAGAAUCCGAAAAGGACGAGAGGGAACGAGGUUCUGUCAAACACCACUCCUCUUCCUGAUCUUAAUGGAGAUGGGAGGAGCACUGACAAAUUCCCCACGGGGUUUGACCUAAACCAGAUCUCGAGAGAAGAAGAGGAACCGGAAGCGAAUGGUGGACAAGUGCUCGCUGAGGCAACAAAGAAGGAAGUGCUUGGUGAUGGAAUCGAUGAUCUACGUGGUGGAAUGAAGUUGCCGAUAUGCAGAGACGUGGAGAAAGAGUUGAACAGAACAGCAGUGAAGAGGAAGGUUUCAUGGCAAGAUCCAGUGGCUUUGAGUGUUUGAGAAGGGAUUUAAGUAAGAAUAUCAAGUAGGAUUCUGAGAUAUUGUGAUUUACCCCAAUAUGCACAUAUGCUUUAAAGGGUUUUUAUAUAUGCACAGGUGUAGUAGAUAUAUGAAGAUUUGAUCAGUUUGAAAUCAUAAUUUUCAUAUGUUCCAACAUCCAAUUUGGUGA